UCAGCACAUUCUUAUGAAUUCUCUUGAAGCUCAGUACCUUCCACCACUACUCAUGUCACCCUCAGCCCAGAGGCUUGGCUGUGCCAUGGUCCAAUGCCUACUUUGAUGCAGCAUUGCCUACUUUGAUGCAUGCCUGAGUUUUUCUGAGGAAAUUAUUAAGCUGUGAGAAAGCACAUGAGCUAAAACUAUGAAAGACAAGAAGCUAAUGUCACAGAAGCACUGUUGUUGGGUUCACAGCACUUAGCUGGUGGAAGAUUAAGUGAAAAGAUACAGAAGGAAAGGAAAGCAGAGACUAUGAAGAUAACUCGGUGAUGCUGAGGAUCGGCCAGUACCAACAAAUGGUAGAAACCAACUUUCUCCAGCAUAUUGGAAACUUCCUGGCCAGCUAAGACUCACCAGUUUUCUUAUCCUGAGUGGAGGAUUUAAAUGACAAACACAGCUCACAGCUCCAAACCCCAUCCAGCCACCACCAAGAAAUUUCUUCAGAGAUUUUUUUUUUCCAUAAGGUCUCACAAUUACCAGCUCUCUUGAGAUUAUGUAGUGGCUUUCUAUUCUUAGCAUCUUUCUCCCUCUCUCUCACAUGCACACACAUACACUUCCUACUCAAAACAAGACCCAGUGAAACCCUCUGCCCACAUAGUUAUAAUUCCCAAGAGAACUUUCAUAUGCUUUUGUUUUGGGCAGUGACAAUGUGCAUAUGUUUUGAUUUCAGGACCCCUGAUGAUCCUAAUGCUUCAGUUUAAUGAAGACAGAGUAGCUAUUAUACUCGCUAGUUUCAGCAAGCUGUAACGCAGCUUCCAGAGUUCCUUUGACCUUGCAAAUUGGAGUGAGAUUUUUUGUUUAACGUGUUGCCUGUUUAACGAUAUUACUGAGGAAAUAUUUUGGUUUAGCAAAUAUAAACAUUUUCCUGUCAGUGUUUGGCUUUAAAAGUGUAAGGUGCUUGGACUCUAUAAAGAGCAUAAUAUAAAGAUCAAGAUUAGUAAAUUUGAUAACUACUGUGAAAAGGAACAGCAAAGUAACCCCCAAGUUUUUUAAGUCACUAAGAAAAAGCCUAAGAACAGUGGAAAUGGACAGAUAUGUUAUUAUGGUUAGGUCAUUGCUCGCUAUUUAAGUGAACUGUAACUGUGCUAAAAAUAGAAUAUCCAUAUAAUAAAAUUGAUUCAAUUAAUUUUCUGUUUACUUGUACGUAAACAGGUUUCUGAAGAAAAAUAUUGCUGGAUGUUUUGCAAGAAGUUUCUUUAAGCCUUUCCUUUUCUUCCUAAAUACUAUUGCAUGCCUGAAGAAAGGAAAAGCAGUUUGGGGCAGUCCCAGUCAGUCAGCUGGUCAGUCAGGCUUCUGUCUUUAAUACAGAGACAUAACAAUUUUUGUUUCAAAAGUUGCAUGACCCCCAAGUCAUCCCUGUCACCUGAAUCCAGACACAUUACAGUUUGAAGAAAAAAGGUGCCCCAGAUGAAGAAGUUUGCCACAAAUACGUGACUUCUAAUACUGUUUGGAGCUGAAAGACAACAAGAAGUCUCCUUCUGGAGCAUAGAUUUCAUGGAUUCAAGUUCCAACACUGUGGUUGUAACUGGUUUUGGUCCCUUUAGACAAUACCUGGUUAAUUCUAGCUGGGAAGCAGUGAAGGAGCUGUCCAAGAGAGGCCUUGGUAAAAACAUCAAUCUCCGUAUCAUGCAGCUGCCGGUGGUUUACCAAAAAGCAAAAGAAAAAGUCUUCAUGAUAUGGACAACUCUUCAGCCAUGGGUCUCAUUUUUAAUUUCCUGUUAUUCACUCUGGUGGGAAAAAAACCAGCUCACUGUUCACGUUGGGCUGGCAUCAUCCGCCAAAGCAAUCAUCAUCCUUGAGCAGUGUGGGAAGAACAAAGGCUACCAAGAGAUGGAUGCCUGUGGUUUUCACCCAGAAGGUGGCUGUUGCAUGCUAGAUGGCCCGGAAAAGAUCGAAUCUACAAUUAAUAUGAAGACUCUCUGGAAAAACAUUUCAGUGGAAGGGAUUGAUAUAAUCUUUUCCAGAGAUGCGGGAAGUGCCUGUCCCAAAGGAAAACACUGCAGUUCUUCCGCAAAGCACAGCACAAAGACGCCGGUCUUCCAGUAGGACGGCAUGGCUGUUCAGGGACCUGCACUUCGAAACCCAAAAGCCAGCUUGUCCAGAGAACAGCGAUCACUGAAGCCCAGCGCUGUGGAAUGUGUUAUGGCACAUGAUAUUACUCACAAGACAGGAACCAAAGGAGAUCCCAAAUUGUAAACCUUGGAAUCAGACAGUGACAGAUCACACCUCUGCAUCCUUGGUGCCCUGCCCAGCUCCUCUGUGUCUCAAACACAGCUACAGACGGCAGCACAGCGCCAUCAAAGCUGGGUAUGACAGAGGCUUACAGCACAUAGGGAACGUCGGCGCACGCUCUCCUUGAUCAUCUUGCCAGUACCAUGGCAAAAGAGAUAAAAUUAGCAGGUGUUUUUCAAAACCAGUGACUACAACAGGACAGCAGCAGCUUAAUGUGAACACCUGGGAAUUCUCAAGGGAGACAAAAGCCUUUUCCUCAAGCAUCACGUCAGUAAAAAGGACGACAAACCUAACCGCACCGGCAGCUGAUGAAGCUUUGGGCCACCACUGUGCCUUGUUUCAGUCAAUGCCUUGAUGACGAGCAUCAAGGAACGGGAAAUGCCAAGACAAUGCAAGUUGGCUUGCCACUGUCUUUUUGGAUGACAAUUGCAAAUUGAUAACCAUGUGCUGGAUGGCUGAAUGUCUCAUCUGGGGAUUGCUGUAAGGGUAAAUAAGCAGGUUUUCUUCAAAUAAAUAACAAACUUACCUGACUCAAGGGAACUACCUCCUGCAAAAGAGUACUCAACAUCCCACUGAAAAAGGGUCCAUGAGCUCAGUGUCACCGGAUGAAAAUACUUUUUAUUUCAACCCAACAUAUUGGCAGUACUGACCUCUACCAAGAGUUAUCCAGAGUAGCUCCAUUAAAUGCAGCCAAAAAGGGCAGAAGACAGAUUUACUCUGAGUUUUCUAACCAGUACUUGCUUCAUGUAAGGAGCAAAAAAUUCAGAAACAGUCAAAUGCAUACAGAAUUCUUUUAUUUAACUUAAAUCAUGUAGUACUGAAACUACUAGAAAAAAGCAGAGUAAGAGAAACUAAAGGAGCCUUAGCUUCAGCCAUUCAAAAUAGACAAAGUUUCUUCUUUUCAUAAUGUAAAGAAUCCCGAGUAUAUCGCAAUAACAGGAAUAAAUUCUUACAACAGAAUAUACAAAAACAUUUGAAAUUUUUUUUUAUCUACGGAUUCAUUUUAAUAUAAACACAGGAAUUUCUUUAGGAAUAAUUUAUACACAGCAAGUCUUUUUAUGUAAUAAAUUGGCCAUGUUAUUUGUUUAAUUUUCUCUUAAAAAAAUUUAAACAAGAAAACUUGGAAAAUGUUGUAUUUGCAACUGCAUCCAUUCCUUAGCACUUUCUAGUUUAGUUUUUGUCCCAGAGGUAGACAAACUCUGGCCAAUGCUUUCAUCUCAAACCUCACUGGUUCAGAAAACAGAAGAGCUGAUUUUUAAACAGUAUCUAAAUCCUCGUAACCCUUCCGCAAUGUGGUCACUCAGAAUCGGGGGGAGCGAGGGGGAAGGGAUCUUCAACACUCUUAAAUAAAAAUAAAUAGGGACCCUGCCUUGCUCAUUUCAACAAAGCUUCAAAUGGUGCUCAGCAUCUCUAGAGGCUGCAUACAAACUUUUAAAGUGAUAAGAAAUCUGCAAAGAAUCUUCAACAGCAAUUACGAAAACUGUCUUCCCUCUUUCUCUUACGCAGUCGUGUCCUUCCAACCACACGGCCACUGCCAAGCAGGUACUGCACAUCACAGUGAGAGUGGGUAGCAGCAAGACCUGUUCUGUUUCCCUGACCAGUGAGGUUCUUGUAAUCCACUAUGGUGACUGCCCUAGACAGUAAAGUGAAACGACCAGUUAAGAUGAUCCCACCCCAACCAGAGGGCUCUGGAAGACCAGGAUACUGAAGAUACAGAACAUUUCUCCAACUUCUUUAUUCACUUGCUGUAUAGUGGGACACAAAGCUUGGGCGGGUAGGGGGAGAGGGACACGCCAUGAGUUGGCUAAGUUAGCGAUCCUUUUUGGCAUAUUGUAAAGCUAGCUAGUAGACUGGUACCAUCCAAAAACCUGAUCACAUACAGACACACCCAUACACAGACACAGAAAAGUGCCCUUAAAUUAUAGUUUAGGCAUUUAUAAACUACAAACAUUUUAUAAAAUUAUUCUAUGUACUUACAAAAUGCAAUGAAACAUUUAAUUAGUUCUUGUAAACCAGAUCUUCGUCAACUGACUACCCGUAAUCUACUGGACUUAAAAGCCCUAUUGAAAAUGCUAAUAGAUUACUAAUCAACAGAAACGCAUACAAAAGAAAAGAUGAGCACACACACAUAUGCACACACGCAGACUCAUUAAGAGUCCUAAGGUACUUGAAAAACAGACCAACUGCAAGCCGAGACCAAUUCAUAGCGACCGAUGGUAACAACCGUUCAACUCCUGGUAAUGGAUUUACCACUCCAGCUGGGAAGGCCAGAGGUUUAUUUACAAGUACCAGCGAUCAGAAUUGCGAUACCUGAGCUCUGAUGCUGUCCCACAUACCAAGCUCAGGACACUACCUCAAACUUCUGCCAAGCCCUGUGUCUCUGCAAAUACCCAUUUCUGUGUCCUUUGUUUUCACGUGUCUCCGCAUAAACUUGUCUCAUUUCCGAUUUAAGUGGCUGCACUCAAUUUGAGAGACCGUUCAUGGUCCCUGAGCAACCAGUUUUGGAACGAGGCGCCCUUUGAAGCCCUUCUGCCUGUUUAUAGUUCUGUAUCUUCAGCACCCCUGGCCACUAGUGUUAUUUCUACACAUCGUUCUUACAGUCUGCACAACUGCUCACGGGUUAAGUUGCAAUAUCUGGCUUUCAUCACUGGUCAGUAAGGAGUGGAUCCCUUGCACCUUCCUCCGCUGUUGUUCAGCCCAGUGAAUAAAUACACGGUUGACAAACAAAAUAAGAAAAACAGGAAACAAGUGUUACUUGUACUAAUGGAAUGAAGAGGGUUUAAAAAUAUAUAUAUCUAUAUAAUAGAUAUACAUAUGCAGAUAUAUAUAUAUGUAUAUAUAGAUAUAUAUGUAUGGAGUUACACCAACAAUAGGAGUGUUGUUCACUUUGACUCGGGUUGUACCAAACACCCCUCAGCAGUUCCCAGAGGACCUGACAGCAGUUCCAUCUGGUGGCCAGUUGUCCUUGGCAAACUGGGCUUUCUUUCCUUUGUUUUUAAAAACCAAGAGGAGCAUCAGUGUGAACACACCUAGAACCACACAUCACUCAGAACCAGCUUAUAAGAGCAGAGGCAUCGCACUGAGACAGACUUGGUGCACGCAGGCUGGCCUCGUGGUUUCCAUCACGCUCAGCUUCUGCGUCUAGCUUACUGCUCCCCCAAAAGAGCAUUUUAAUACCACACAGCUGACG